GGCAGAGAGUAGAGAGAGAGAGAGAGAGGGGCUCAUCUUUUGUUUUUUAAAUUCCAAUUCCAUAUCAGCCUUCUUAUAUUUGUUCUCUGUUUGUCUGAAAAGCUGAACUGCUGAUCAAGGGCUAAAGGUGAAGAAUCAUCAAUCGGGGUUGAUAGUGUUAGUGGGUCUUUUAGUUUGAUUGAGAGAAGAAAAGGGUAAGGCUUGGAAUGGCGACGUUUGCAGGAACUACUCAGAAAUGUAAGGCUUGUGAGAAGACGGUUUAUUUGGUGGAUCAGCUCACAGUUGACAACAAGGUUUAUCACAAGGCUUGUUUCCGAUGCCACCACUGCAAGGGUACCCUCAAGCUUAGUAACUACUCCUCCUUUGAGGGUGUUCUGUAUUGCCAGCCUCACUUUGACCAACUCUUCAAGAUGACUGGAAGUUUGGAUAAAAGUUUUGAAGGUGCUCCAAAAGAAGCUAGAGUUUCUGAUAAGAGCCAUGCCAACAGCAAAGUCUCAAGUAUGUUUGCUGGAACCCAAGACAAGUGCGUGGCUUGCAAGAAAACUGUUUACCCACUUGAGAAGGUAGCAACAGAUGGUACCUCGUACCAUAAAGCAUGUUUCAAGUGUUCCCAUGGAGGUUGUGUGCUGAGCACAUCUAACUACGUCGCCCAUGAGCACCAACUCUAUUGUAAACACCAUCAUUCUCAGCUCUUCAAAGCGAAGGGGAAUUUCAGCCAACUUGACAAGCAUGAAGAUGCUAAAGUUGUCACUGAUGAUGCAGUUCUUUGAUUGGUGCAUGAAAUAUGCCUUUUCAUCUCUCACAAGGGUUUUCCAUGUCUUUUCCAUCAUAGCCUUUGUAUGUGAAAAAAUAGGAUCAAUCUACAGGAUUCUCCCUAAGCAUGAGUGGAAUCUAUGGGAGUAUAUAAACAGAGGUAUUGGCCUAGUUUUAUAUUUUUAGUUGGUCAACAGUCAACGCAUGAGCUUCAGUCAUUUGCUAAUUUUUUUGAGUGUGGUUUGAAUAAUAAUUACAGAAGAGGAAUUUUUUCUUGUUAGUUUUUUUCCAUAAUCUAAGCCAAGAUCUUUGGAGUUUGUGCUUGAUGUUUGAACAGGUUGCUUUUGUUUUAAGAUAGACAAGUCAAGUUGUUGUAUUACAAGCAAAA